AAAGCAGCCCAAUUCCAAUUCCAACUCCAUGAUAUCCACUCUCUCUCUCUGAUCUGAUCUAUCGAUCUCUCGCCGGUAGGCUUGAGUCUCACAGAACAAUUAGAUCACGCGUCGCACUCUGUCUCUCACUCAGGUUAUAUUACAAUAUGCCUUCUGCUCAAGAUCCAUUUUAUGUAGUGAAAGAGGAGAUUCAAGAAUCUAUUGAUAAGUUGCAAUCCACUUUUCACCAAUGGGAGCAUAUUCCUUCUAAUACUGGAGAGCAAUUACAUCUCACAAAGGAACUGCUUGCUAGUUGUGAGAGCAUUGAAUGGCAGGUGGAUGAAUUGGACAAAGCAAUUGCUGUAGCAGCUAGAGAUCCAUCUUGGUAUAGCAUUGACGAGGUGGAACUUGAAAAGCGAAGAAGAUGGACCAGCACUGCUCGAAUGCAGGUGGGCACCAUGAAGAAAGCAGUAGAAGCUGGAAAAGAGUCAAAUGGGACUGGCACUACUGGUUUGAGUGGAAUGCGCCGUGAAUUAAUGAGGAUGCCAGAUUCUCACAAGGCAGAUGGAUCUAAUCACUACAAUGCCCAAGAUAAUGAUGACUUCAUAGCAUCAGAAUCAGAUAGGCAGCUGCUGCUGAUAAAGCAGCAGGAUGAAGAGUUAGAUGAACUUAGUGCAAGCGUAGAGAGAAUUGGAGGUGUUGGGCUUACUAUACAUGAAGAGCUCCUUGCACAGGAGAAAAUUAUAGAUGAAUUGGGUAUGGAAAUGGACAGUACAUCAAAUCGUCUUGAUUUUGUUCAGAAAAAGGUGGCUAUGGUCAUGAAGAAGGCUGGUGUGAAGGGCCAGAUCAUGAUGAUAUUGUUUUUGGUGGUUCUGUUUAUCAUCUUAUUCAUUCUGGUCUUUUUGACCUAGUCAUUGGUCUGAAACAUGUAUGAAAUGUUGGAGAUAUGUGAAUCUCCUUUUUUUGUUUUUUUUUUGGGGAGGGGGGGGGGGGGGAGGAGGGGAGGACUAUCAAGAAUAGAUAUGAAUGAAAGGAUUUAAUUGGAAGUCUGGGUUUGUCAAGGAAAAAUGAAUACGAAGCAAAUGAAGAAUCUGCCUUUUUGUUCUGUGCAAUUUCUUUAAGUGGACCAGAAUUUGUUGUUGAACCACUUACAGUUGCAAGUAUCAUGUAAACCAGCUUUAUAUCAUGCUUAUUUGUUUAUUGCUA